UAUAAUUAAAGUUACAAAUUAUAAAAAUUAUUUAAAAAAAUUAUUUAUCUAUAAACAAAAAAAAUAUUGUCUUAAAUUUUGCAAGAACGCAGACGGGCUUGCUGCGAUUUAUCUAUUUAGAUUUAAAAAUGUGGAAGUGUUUUCGCUUCCGUGUAGCCAACAUAAAUUGUAUAAUGGCUAUGCAUGAAUAUAUAUUUUAGGUUUUGGGUCUCUUGGCUUGCAUAAAGUUGCGAUCUUACAGACAGAUCGACAGACAGCAAGCCAAACAUUGAACAAAACCAAUAUACUGUUUCUAACUUUUGGGAACAGAGUGUAAAAAUACACAUAAAUAUACAGCACGAAUGAGUACAAAUGUAUAAUGCAUAUUCCGAUCGAACCCAAAGUUCUCUGUAAGAGCCCCAGGCAGAUCGACAGACAGCAAGCUAAACAUUGAACAAAACCAAUAUACUCUUUCUAACUUUGGGGAACAGAGUGUAAAAAUACAUCAAAAUACAGCCCAAACCAAAAAUUGUGUACGAAAAUGUGUAGAAUGUAUAUUCUGAUCGAUCCCAAAGUUCUCAGUAAGAGACCCACCCAAUCACAAUAAUCCGUGAGGCAUACAGUAAACACUUUUGGCUUUUGACGUGCUCCAAAACUAGGAAAAGUCGUUGCCCUUUUCCAAAACCAUAAACACUAUUCCUCUGUCAGGCAGUCGCAGCAUGUGAUGUUAUUUUUGGUUAAGGCGCAAAAAUUUGGUUUUCAGUUGGUGCCUAUUUUGGAAAGUUGUUCUAUUUAUAAUGCGACACUCGGCUCGGAGUAGAGUACACAUUCUGCAUGUGCAUUCGAAUCUCUUGAACGGUGUGCACUCACCAUUUGAUACCGAUAUCGAUUUUCUCAUUAACUAAAUUUUCUAAUUGAUUUUUAAUUGAAUGGCUGACACGCCCACAAAAUGAAGCAAUUGGCAAGCCAAUUAGCAGCAGGCGCUGUCUAUAUAAGCCCAUUUUUCCGGACCCUCAAUCCAAGUAUACUAGAGCCAUGAGUUCGGACAACAUAAAGGCUUCGCGGAUUUUGGUGCGCAUUCUUGGGUUUUGCGGGCUGUGGCCCAGCCAUGGCUCAUCCCGAUCCACGAAAUGGAUCCCCGGCUGCAAACGCUUUCAGCCACUUGCGAUUCAUUUCAUUGUGACCUUUACCUUCACGGCCAUGAUGUGGAUCGAGGCUUUGGGAAGCGACGACUUCGAGCACUGCACCGAUGUGCUUUUCAUCACGCUGACGAUGACUGGGCUGGUGGCUAAGAUUUUCAAUAACUGGCGUCAUGCUCACAUUGCCCGCGAGCUGCUUCAGGAAUGGAGCGCUAGCCGGCAGUUUGAGGUUCGAGCUGGGCAGGAGCGCGAUAUGUGGGAGCGUGAACAGCGCAGGUUCUCCAGAGUCGUCCUCUUGUACAGCUUCUGCAGCCUGGGCGUGGUUCCUUGCAUCUUCAUAUCGUCGGCGGUCAACUAUCCGAAUGAGCUGCCGUUUUGGGUGUGGGUGCCCUUUGAUUGGCAGCAACCGACCAAGUUUUGGUACCUAUUCGCCUAUGAACUUUUCGCUGUGCCAUUUACGUGUCUCUGCAACAUAACAAUGGAUAUGCUCAACUGUUACCUUAUGCUGUAUAUCUCGCUAUGCCUCCAAUUGCUGGGAAUGCGCAUGGCUGCACUGACUCCAGCAGGGCAGGGCAACUCUGAGCGGCAGCUGUUCGCACAGCUCGUGGAGGUGAUUAGGCUUCACAGACGCGUCAAGAGCCACGCCAAGAAGAUCCAAAUCUUCAUUUCGAAGAGCACGCUCAUUCAGAUCUUGCUCAGUGCCAUAAUACUGUGUCUCUCCAUCUACCGCUUGCAGAUGCUUAAUGUGCUGCAGGCUCCGGGCAUGUUCGCAGCUAUGACACAGUAUUUAUUCGCAAUGACCAUGCAAAUCUUUCUGCCCAGCGUUUAUGGCAACGAAAUUACCCACAAUGCAGAUCAGUUGCCCAACGCGCUCUACAGUUGCCAGUGGCCGGACAUGUCGAAACGUAUGCGUCGUCUAAUACUCUGUUUUUUUAUCUACUUGAAUCAUCCGGUUGCCCUUAAAGCCGGCGGCUUUUUUGAAGUGGGCCUCCCACUUUUCACCAAGACCAUGAACCAAGCGUAUAGCCUUUUGGCCUUGCUUCUCAACGUCAACAGCAAAUAAAAGACGUUCGUUGUGAACGAGUCUUUUAGUUUGCAAAUAUAUCACAAAUUUAAACGAAUUUAUAUGCACAUAUGAAUAGUUUUGUAGUUUCAAUUCAAAAUAAAUGUACAUGGCGUUGCUUUGAUUUUGCAGGCAUAAAAUUAAGAUGCUCAGGCAAUACGCUCUGUUAUAGAAAAUAUUGCAUAAAGUUGAGGAAUAUAUUACACAAAUCUCGCUCCGAGAAAGGCAAAAUGAAAACCUAUUCUGAAACUCGAUAAAUUUGAUCUGCUUGCGUAAUAAAAGGAUCUACUUAAAGCAUCCUGAUUUCAUAGCCUCAGAGAUAUAAGUGGAAUAUUGACAGACAAGACUAGAUCGGCACAGUUAUUGAUGCUGAUGCGUGUUACAAACAUUUCCCAUAAAAUAAUCCCAGUUCUUUUAUACCUAAUUUAAAUUUAUCCAAGUUCUCCAAGGCAUAUUAAUGGAAUAUGCAUUUUCUCACAUUAGUCGGAACAAUCAAAUUUCCUAUGUUGGUUUUUCGGAUCUCAUGUGUUGAGCAGUUUUAUUUUGUUUUUGCAUAAAAACGAAAUGGAUUAUAAACACGAAUUUAUGACGUAUGCACUUUUGCACACAUGUUGUUUUUAUUUCUAUUUAUUAUUUCAGUCAAGUUAUGCAACCAACUAAAAAUACUUAUUUCUGCUAUGCAAUUUUUGCAUGCGGUUGCAUGUAAAUUUUUAAAAUGGGACGUAAAUAAAAAUGUUUGUUUUUCCUUAACAUAUUUUUCUUUUGUUAAAAUAUCAGGUGCAACUUUGGGACGCUUUUUUCUCUCUCUCUCCAUCUCUCAUUUUCACUUUCACUGUCUCCCUC